GUAUAAUGUUCAACUCUUCAACUGCUAAAUAAAAAAAGUGAAAAACACGAUUUGAGCGGGAAACUGUCCUUUGUUUUUUUCUUUCUCACGCACACACAAAAAAAACUUCAUUUUAUUUCACAUUUCUCAUUCUUUCUUUCAAUAAUUUUUUUGCAUCUUCUAAUUGAAAGCGUUUAGUUACUGUCACGGAGCGACGAUGCAGGCCGUGGAAGAAGGUGGUGGCGGCGAGGAGCGAAACGCGCGUUUCGAGGAAAACGAUUUGGACUUGGAAAUUUCGAAGUUGCGCGGGCGAUGGGAACUCGCUUCUGUUCUCAAUUUUUUGGACGUGUUUGGUCCGAUACUUGGUAAAGAUUUGAAUCUUUCUGCUGAAGAUAUUGAGAUCGGGCUUGUUAAGCCUGACGCUUCGCUUGCUCGGCUUCACAUUCAACUUUUGAAGGGAAUACCACCUGUGAGUAAAACAUUGGAGGAUUCUGAUAAAUGGGUUACUGCACUCUGUAAGAAUCUGGCUACGUGGUGGCCAUGGGUUGCCGAGGGGGAGAUUCCACUUGUACCAUCUAAAGGGGUGGAGAUAUCCAAGUACAAGGAACUUGAUCCGUUAGAUCGUUUACUGCUGCUAAAAGCUCUUUGUGAAGUUAGAGCUCAGCAACAUGAUGCAGUGUCAUACAUCAAUGAUGCUUUAAAAGAAGGAACCCAAAUUUCAACUUUUCGCAAAGAUGCCGUAGGAAGAGAUGGAACUGGCACAUCUUACUGGUACGAUGCAACUUCAAAAGGUCAGAGUCACAGAUUGUACAGGGAAAUUAUCACAUCAGACUCAAUUCCAAAUGAUAAGGAUGAAGAAUGUUUAUCACUCCCCACCAUUCAAUGGGAAACACUUGCUUCCAAUCUUGAAGAUUUUUCAAAAGUAGCUGAAAAAUUUGCAAUCAGCAAGUCUGCUGUGGAAGUUGCUGUUAGCAUGAAGCUUCAAGAUGAUGCUAUUCCUGCUCUUGAAAAGCUUCGGAAGAAGAAAGAAAGAGCAAUAAAGCAAAAACAAAGGCAGGAUAUGCUGUUAAAAAAAGAUUUUCAGAACUCUCAUUAUUCUGGAAAUACACGCUCUUGUCGCACACGAAGGCCUAUUAGUUAUACAUUUGUUGAGAAUCAUGGUAGCAGCGAGGAGGAUGGUGUUGAUGGCGAGUUGGGCAACUUGGAAGCACCCUCAAGCCAUGCAGUUUCUUAUCCAAAAGGGGUUCGCUGCAGCAAGCGGUUAGCUGGAGUUCCUAGCCACACUAUUUUAGAAAGCAGAGGCUUAACUGCAAAGCAAAGAUUGAGGCAAAGACCCACCCGCAAUUCUGCUAUGGAAUCUAUCAAUGUAUCCGAUUCAGAGGACGAAGCACGUGAAGGGAAGAGAGAUUUGUCCGAGUCUACUUAGGCCUGGUAUUAACCUGUAUUUUGGCUAAAGCAUGCAAAGUGAGCAGUGGCAUAGAAUGUUUGUCUUCCAAAUUGGGGGAGACUUGAAGCCAUCCUUUUCCUAGGAUCAUCAUUAUACUUAAUUUUUUGCUUCUCCAAUAUUUGUCUUCAAAUCCAUGAACCCAUUUUUUGUCUCUUGGAUGAGAUCCUAGAAAUUUCUGAAAUAUUUGAGUAUAUAGUAUAUA